AUGGAGCUAUUUCCUUUGCCGGGUUUUCAGCUCUUCCACUCUUGCAAUUGGGAGCUGGACCUUUCAUCAGAGACACCUUUUGGGUACACCAGAAAGGAUGUCUUGUUGAUUGGACUUGGAGUCACAGUUAUCGGCAUUGGCUUAGAAAGGGGACUGGAGUAUGCUGGUUUUGAUCCUUUACAAGCAGGGAAUGUUGUUCAAUUGGUAUUAGUUUUGGGUCUAACAGUAGGAUGGAUUUCAACGUACAUCUUUAGAGUCUCAAACAAGGAAAUGACGUAUGCUCAACAACUUCGUGAUUAUGAGGACAAAGUUAUGGAGAAGCGGUUAGAGGGCUUGUCAGAAGCAGAGUUAGAAGCAUUGCUUGAACAGGUUGAAGAAGAGAAGAGACGCCUAGCAAGUGGUGAGAAGAUCAACUAA